AGAUUUUUAACAGUUUUAGUAAUUUAUGCUUGUUUUUAAAAAUUCAAAAUAUAAUAUAUACAAAAAGUCUAAUUUUUUAUUAUAUGGUUAAUAUUGUUGUUUAAUUUAUUUUAAUAGUUUAAAAUUAAACAAAUGUAAUAUAAGAUGCACUUAUUUUUAUCAAAUUUUUAUUAUUCAAAACCAUUAAGUGGCAUAUAUACUUUAGCCACAUUAGAAUUAUUUAAGUGAUGACAUAUGGCUACAAAAAAUGUUAUAAUGCUUCAUAAUUAAUAUUUUUUUUUUUUGCUAAAUGGUAAAUAUCAUUUAAGAAUGAAGGUUUGGUUACAACAUAGCCGAACCUGAAUAUGCUUGAUAGCAAUUCCGUUUCAUAGAAGUCGCAAAAAGUUAUAAAAAAACUUUGAGAAACACAUGAAUUAGAACCAGAACAACCAUAAGUGGUGUUCAUGGAGCUAAUAGAGAUUAGAAAAACCGACAACAAAUAAACUCUCAACUCAAGGAACUACUUGUAUCAUGGCAGAACCAUGAAAAAAUCUUAGCAAAGCUAAGAGAGGAACACCCGAACACUCACCCGAGGGUGGCUCCUAGCAGCUUCUACGGAGGCGACUUGCAACGGCUCCGGGACACCAAAGGAGGAGGACGUUGAGCAGAACCAAACCCAAAGCUUUCUCAGCAACAAAAACCCAUAGUGGACCCAGCAAUACUCUGCCUGACAUGAAGAACAUACCUGUCAAGCGUAGGCGGUAAAUUUGGUUUCCAACCGGCCACGCGACGUUAAAAUGCUCAAUUAAUAUAUAAGAGAUAUCUAUAACGUAUAACUAUUUAUUUUCUUAAUACAUUAAAUAUAUAUAUAUUUAAUUUUAUAACAUGCAAACUAUUUCCUUUUUCCUUUAAUUAUCUGACCGCAAAGAGGUGAACACAAAAGAGUCCAUCAUCCAUAUACGCAGAACCAGUCGUAAUAGUAAUUUCAAUACUUUUUCACAAUAAUCAAAUGGUUAUAGUUUGGUGAUUAAAAGUUUUUUUUUUUUUUUUGUAACUUGGCUAACUAUUAAAAGUAUUUUAAAUGCUCGUUUUAGUAAGUUUGAAUUCGCUUAAUCUGAUUUUAACGAUUUUGGCUACUGCAUAAAUGCCUUCAAUUAAAAAAAAAAAACCAGAUUUAUAAUGUAUUGGAUUGACUAGCUGGAUUUCCCUAAAAGACAUGCAAAUCAAUACAUAUAUGAAGUGUUUUAAAUUUUAAAAAGUUACGAUUACGAAAAUAAUAGUAGUUUAUUUCAUUUUGCAACGUGAUCCACCAGCCAACGUUAGUUGACUCAUCCAGUCAUAUCCGUUGGCCUGAAUAAAACAAAUUGUUUUUUUUUGGUAACAAUAAAACAAAUUGUUACUUUUGUCUAUUUUUGUUAAAUUGCUUUUUUUUCUUUAACGUAAUCCCUUUACCGAUGAUUAAUUAUUAUUGAAUUCACCGAUACUUACCUUUUCUGCAGUGACUAUUGUUAAAUCUUAUUACUUGUUUUUAACGUGGUAAUUGCAAUAUGGGAAGAUAAAAAAAUGUUAAGAAUAGAAAGAGAUAUUAUUAAGAAUUUGGCACCACUUGCAAACCAUUCUUAAAAUAUCGUUUUCUCUCUUCUUCCGAUUGAUAUUUUUUUCCUAAUCUUUACUCCUGCAAUUAAUUGACAAAAUCAGAGCAAUGAGCGUCGGUUUAUAUCCAAAAGUAUAGAUGGAAAAAAUGUUAAGAAGAACGACACAAAAGAAUGUUGGUUCUUCGAGUCUUGUGAAAAAUUGCUGGAAUAAAACAAAGUUUUACCGUGAAUUAGAUCUUAAUUAUUGUUCGAUAGAGCAGAGGUUUUAAAGGCUUCGUGCUUUCCACAAGACUACAACUCUAUCUCACAAUGUUUUUCUUUUCUUUUUCACUUGGGUACCAUAAAGUUUUUGGAAAACACUAUCAGUCUACAACAUCGAACUUUCCAAACUUUCAUAGCUAAGAAAGGCGUCAUUUGUGCAGGAGAUUUAUCUCAAUGUGGCUGAACCUUUUGAACGAAAAAAAUACUAAACACAAGGAAUGAAAACUUUUGACGUUAAAUUACUGGCUUGCUUCAUAAAUAAAAUUUUAUAAAUUGAUAAUAUUUUCUGUCUUACUUGACUAUUCUAUAAUAGCAUCUUCAUAAUUUUGAGAUUGAUUCUCAACCACUCGAUUGAGCUCUCGAUUUUAGUUGGUCUUGGUCCUCUACCAUGAUAUAUAUUAUCUAUAUAUCCCUACGUAGAUCGAGACUUAUCUAGUUUUCAUUGACGAAAAGGUAAAAGUGAUUGAAAUCAAUAUCAAGACCAAGUGAUACUGUACAUGUAUACAGGAGAAAGAGGGUGAAUUCACCACUGGCGUCUAUUUUCCUUCUUUCUCAAAAGAGAUAAUAUGUGAUUGUAUCCCUUUUAGACCACCAUAUUAAACUCCUACCUAAACCGAAGAAGAGAAUUAUAUAUUCCCGUUUUGGCCCUACAAACCUCCGAGUCUACUUCCCCUGCAACCCUAUCAACCCACUCACAGACGGUUGUAUCAGUGUGUCAGUCAGUGUAUCAGUCUACUAGUUUCUAGCUAUCUCUCUUCCCUCUUAUAGUAAGCUCUAGCUCUCUUUCUCUCUCUCUCUUUAAUACUGUAUCUCAUAGGAACAAAAAAGAGAACAUUGUUGUUAAUCAUAUUUCUCUUUACUGACUUUGAUUUCUAAAUUAAAAGAGAACGUCAUCAUGGUUUGUUUGAUUUUUUCUUGUUCCUCCGGCGGUCGAACCCGUCCCAAAAUAAGUCGUAAGUAGCGAAUACAUGUUUUGUUAGAUGAUACAUUGUUUGUUAGAUUAUACGUAUUUUGAUAACAAUUAUGUUAACCAAGUUUUUACUUAGUUAUCUGAUACCAUUUUAUGUUUAGUUUUAUCAAUUUUUUCAUUUUCUACUCUUUGAAAAAAUAUUUCGUAAGUUAUUAUUAUUAUAAUAAAACAUUGUUACUUAAUAAAAUAAAUAAUUGAGAAUAUACAAAUAAACUUUUCAUUAACUGAUAUAUGGUUUGUUAAUUAAUAAAUGAUUUGAUAAAUUAUUUGUCAGUUUAUACAUUGUAUUGAUACAUGAUUUGUUAACUGAUAAAAGAGUGGAUACAUGAUUUGUAAGUUAAUAUAUUUUUUUAUAAAUGAAUUACUAACUGAUAAAUGAUUUUUUAACUGAUAUAUGCAAUGUUAGCUGAUGAGUUCCAGAUGAGUGAAUCAUUGUCUCAGAUGAGUUCCUGGAACACAACAAAGGCUUUCAAAUUCUCCAUCCUGGUGGUUAUGGUUAGGAAAUUGCUGAUCGAGAUAUAUUUCUGGUUAGCUGCUACGAAAGUGUGAUUAAAUGAUACAAGUUUGUUAACUGCAACAAAAUAUUACAAAAUGUUAUUAAAUAAGUGAUGUUAACCGAUACAUUGUUUGUUAACCGAUACAUAGUUUGUUAGCUGAUAUAUGGUUUGGUUUGUUAACUGAUACAUUAUUUGUUAACGAAUAUAUGGUUUGUUAGUUGCUACAAACUUGGCUGCAAAGUAAUGGUCACUCAUUUGGUAUAAAGCAAUGUAUCAUAUAACAAACUACGUAAUAGCUAACAAAUUAUGUAUCGAAUAUUUUAUUUGUUAACAAUCAUGUACUGGUUAACAAUUCAUGUAUCAGCUAACGACAACUAUUUUGUAAUCUUGAAAACCAUUUAUCAAUUAGCCACAAUCUCUUUGUAACAACUAACAUAUUUUUUCUUCCAUAGAAUUACUACUUUAAAUCUACGAUCUUCGCUUUAUUUUUUUAUGUUUUUUUACAAAAACAAUGAAUCUUUUGGAAUCUUCAUAAAAAAAUCAUCAAUGUUUUUUUGAUCUUUAUAUAAAACAUUGUAAAAUUAGUCUGAUUUUUUUUUUCUAUAAGCUUGAAUGAUAAAUGAAAGAGAUGAGAAAGAAAACUAGAUUUCUAUUAAUAUAAUAAAAACCAUAAAAUUAACUCACAAAUAAAAGAAAAAAUGUAGAGAAAAAGACUAACUACAAACCUAUCCUAAUUACAUCUCUAUAGCUCAUCUCUAUAGCUCUGACACAAUUCUGUUUCACCUGUCGCGCGUCAGAAACUUUUGUCAGUAGACAAAGAUUGCAAGUCGUAGAGUUUUGUGUCAGAUGCGAGAGAAAGUCGCAAGUAGCAUCGAGGGCAUUUUCGUCUAUUUCAAACCAAAGAGAUACAACUUGAAACUUUUAUGUCACUCAAUAGAUAGAAAUCAUUUUAGGACUUCAUUUUAAAAUAUCUAGCUAAUUGUCCCUUCUCAAAAAAUAAAAUAUUAUAAUUUGGAGGAUUUUGUUUCCUCCAUGCUAAACAUUUUGUAUAUUUUUUACAAUUACAUUGGUUUGUUUUAAUAAGCGUCUAUCCCAAAAAGUUAUUUUUAAAUAAUCUAAUUCAUUAGGAAUUUUUAAUUCCUACUAUGACAAGUGGAAAGCAUAUAAAAUUUUGCCGCGUAAUGAGAUGUCACUGAUCUCCGGCUAUAAAUAAUGGAGUAUAGAGUACCAUCUCUUUAGAUAAGCAAGUAAAAUUGCAUUUAUUUUCAAGUAUCACUCUCUCUAGAUCGUUUGUUAUCAAAAGCACCUCCCAAGAUCCGCCUACAAACUAAAUAUUCAUUAGUGUUUGUUCUAUAGAUUCGGUUGACCAUAAUGAUGAUCUAUGUUUCUGUUUCACCUUGUCUAAGUCAUUCCUUUUCUUUAUUUUCUCACUUGUUCAAAAACUAGGAACAAGAUCAACUAAUCUAUUUCGAUUCUUAUCGCAUUAACACAUGCUUAUAGUAUUAGUUCUCCAAAACGUUUUCUUGUAUUUUCUUAUCUAAAGUCUUUUUUUUUUUUUGGUCUUAGAAACGAAAGGAAAUGUCGACGGAGACGUAUGAAGAUGCCCUUAAAAAACUAGGAGAGCUUCUCAGUAAGAAAUCGGAUCUCGGGAAAGUGGCGGCCUCAAAGAUCAAGAAGGUAACGGUUGAGCUAGAGGAACUUGAUUCCAACAAAUCAUCAGAUGCAGUAGAGCGAAUCAAAUCCGGAUUUAUCCAUUUCAAGACUCACAAGUAUCUGAAGAAGCCAUCUUUGUACAAUGCACUUGCCAAAGGCCAGAGCCCCAAGUUUCUGGUGUUUGCUUGUUCGGAUUCUCGAGUUAGCCCUACUCAGAUCUUGAAUUUCAAACCUGGGGAAGCAUUUGUCGUUAGAAACAUUGCAAACAUGGUGCCACCUUUUGACAAGACGCAACACUCUGGUGUUGGUGCAGCCCUUGAAUUUCCAGUUACAGCCCUCAACGUGGAGAACAUUCUGGUGAUUGGUCACAGCCGUUGUGGUGGAAUAAAGGGACUCAUGUCCAUCGAAGAUGAUGCUGCUCCUUCUAAGAACGUCUUCAUAGAUAACUGGGUCCAGAUCGGUACACCGGCAAAGAACAUGAUCAAGCAGGAUUUCAAACAUCUGAGCUUCAAUGAUCAAUGCAGCUACUGUGAGAAGGAAGCCGUGAACGUGUCCUUAGGGAAUCUGUUGUCUUACCCAUUUGUGAAAGAGCGAGUGGUGGAGAACAAGCUCGCCAUAAGAGGAGCUCACUACGAUUUCGUGAAAGGAACGUUUGAUCUCUGGGAACUCGACUUCAAGACCACCCCUGCUUUUUCCUUUUCUUAAAACAUUCAUACUCAUGUGUUUCUCUAUGUUUAAUACUUUUGACUCUUCUCUAGUCUCGUUUGAUCUCUGUAAUGAAUAAGCUAUAAAUAGCAUUUUAGUUCCCAUAUUCAUAUGAGUUUAUAACUCAAAACACUCUACAACGACUUUUGACACUUGCUUAAUUAGGCUACACUUAAGCAACUCAAGGGAUAGGAUACACAACGACCUUCCCUGUGGCAUGGUUCGUUUCUAGGUAUGAAAAAGCAUCAGCCACGCGUGAGAAUGGGAAAGGUCCUUUGGGAUCAACCACAGGCUUCACCUUCCCACUCUCAAUGUAUGGAUUCAGUUUCUUCA